UGCCGGUGUAUCCGCAGGCACAUAACAUAUUCGUUUCCAAGGUUGGUGGCGCAUUGGCAAGCUUUCACGGUGCUUGGCUGUAAGCUUCGCCCAUCUCACUCGUUAUCCACGCGACGCGCGCCGCACACGUGUGAGCAGGUUCAUUACAACUACAUCGAGACGAGUGUUUGUGGAAGUUAUAGACGAUUUAGUGGAAGACUAGUGUGAUUACAGUGUUCUGAGAUUUACGGAUUGCUCUAAGCAUAUACUAAGUAUUAUUCAUUUGACAAUCAACAAUAUAAUGGGCUAGCCCUAUCAAGGGAACUCGAAAAUGAAUGAGAGCCGAGAACGCAUACGACGUGAGAGAGAGCGAGAGAAGAACACAUAUACCUCUCCUCGUCUAGCACUACGUCGCGUGCUGUUAUUAGCUGAAGGACGUCAGUUCCGUGAAGCGGCGGCCAUAGUUUCGAGGCUCGGUCCUGGAGUCUUACUGAGCGUUGCUACGGAUUUGCCAGUGGAUUUGCUGAUAGAAGCUUUACCGCAUUCUGCACAUCUGAUAGAAACGCUUUUGAACAGGUUGCUAUCUCUUGAGAUUGUUCCACGGCCAGAGCUCCAAUGCGAGGCAGUCGCUUGGAGACUUGUCGGUCUACUUGGAGUAGAUCAAGGGUCUGGUCUACGAGCCAGAACAACUCGCCUGGCUAACGCUCUGGCGAAUUACAGCCCUGAUGCAAGGGAUGCAGUCGACAAUAGGAGGAGACAGCUGGACGCAGCUGUACAAGGUUUAGGGACCCAUGGCUUGACAGCUGAUGCUUCAGGAUCGCUGAUCUCGCUCCACGUGGCGAUGAAGAAUGAGCUGCAGCGACACGUGGAGGUUUAUAAGCAAGCUCUUCACAAGCUGGAGGAACUGUCAUCUGUGACAGUGAACCAAGAUCCAGCAUCUUCGUCCCACCAGCGCUUACUCGCGUUAUCCCACGCUGACGUUGAACGUCGACUGAUCGAUAACAAGUCACUCUUGACGAUUGUCGAUAAACCGGCUUUACGGCAGUUGCCAACACUAGUGGCUUCCUUGUCAGCUAGGGUCGAGAGCGACAAGGCUGUUUUGGCCUGCGUCGGGCAAAUCAAGAGGAGUGACCCCACGUUGGAUCUAAGUGACACAAGGCCAGUAGCAGGUGUAUUAAUGAGCUACUCCCGUGGCUGUGCAGCUGUCUUGUCUCAGAUGAAUGAGGGUCAUAUGACAGCGGAGAUAACCCCACGCUCACCGACAGACUCCGCCAGUGACGGGUACCACUCGGACAGUGACGACGCUCAUCAACAUCCAGACAGGAGUAAGCUAGUGUCUCAAUACGCAGCGGUUUGGGCGCGUGCGGCGGAUGAAACUUUACCGGCGCUCGCCGCGCUUGAGCCACUCAAACCUACACCCAAUCUGAAAUAUAAGAUCGUCUUUUCUGUUGUUGUCCUUUCCUUCCGGGCGGCGAUUAGUCUUCGCGACAAGCGGAUCAGCGAAGUGAAGGCUCUGCUCGGUUGCGAGUCGGAAGCGACGCCGGGCGCUGCGCAACUGUCGGCCGCGGCUUUGCGUCUUUUACGGAACACGGCGCAUACGUUCCCGCUGGGGGAGGCUGAACGCACUGUUAUCAAUCAAGUAGCUAAUACGCUGCGUGAGUACCCUUGCCUGUCCUCGUGUGGAGCCCUACACGCGCUGGCGGCGGCUGCAUGUCGCGCCGCAUGGGCCCUUGCGUUACAUUCCCCGCCAUUACGCAUAGACACUGACUUUACACCAGUUGUGAUGAAUCCGGACAAGCACGUACGCUUCUCCCUUGGCGACGCGCGUGAGAGACGCUCGGACCUUAUCAAGUCGUUCGUGUGGCCCGCGCUCAUGGACGGCAACCGAUGCGUGUUCAGAGCUGUCGUAUUAACAUAACAUCCUCCGAAAUUCAUGCACAAAAAUGUAAUAUAAUACCACCUUCAUUUUGAUUGAUUCU